UUUCCCGACAUCCGGUAACGCUAAUUUUUCGUGAAGCACACGGCAUGUUCUAUUAUUAAUUAAGGCAAAUUUUCGGCUCAUCUAUUAAUAAGAAAUAUUCUACAUUUUCUAAAACGCGCUUUAAAUUUGACGUUUUAGGUGCCAUCAAACUAUCUGGAUAGCGUUUGUAGAAAAAUGUUCGAAGAAGCUGAUAAUUUUGCUGAUAUAUUCCGCGGAGGUCUUCCUUACUAUCUGUUAUUGACUUUGCCCAUUCUCAUCUUGUGUUCGUCAAAUCCAGUGUUAGCCUCCAGCGAGUUUGCAGUUCAUCGUAUGACUCAAUUUGACUUAAAUGGGGUGUCUUUUGGUUGCCGGUCGUCAUCGUUAACUUUAGAGGCUAGGUCUUUAUAUAGCUGGAAAACAGCGCGGCAUUGCAUUGUAGCUCGUCUUCAGGAUAUGACGAUAGAUGGGUUGAAAGAAAUACGUCAAAAGGCUGGUGGCUUGGUAUUAUUGCUGCCGCAAGAUGUUGCGUCCAUGUCGGGAGAAGAGAAAGAUCACAUCAAUUUGCUGGAACAGGCAAUGAUGGCAGAGGCUAUUUCAAUACCGGUAUAUUUCUCCGUCUACAAUCCGGAAUUAGAAAACAUUAUUGACGAUAUAACACGUUCCACUUCGGUAACGAACAGGCAAAAUCAUCACAAUAACCGAGCAGGUGGUGAUUCAGCGUUAAGUGAAAUUUUUAAUUUUAUAUCAGCGAACGGUUAUCAAGUCGUGAUUAGUGGUGCUAGUCAUACGGCAAAUAAAAACGGAAAAAUUCCCAUAAUUCAAGGCGAGUUAGCUCCGUACAAGCAACCUAAAAAAAGCGCAGAAGUUAACCUGGAACAAAGCAGUAAAGUGCCUUCAAUAGUGAUAGCAGCUCACCUUAAAACAUUCGGUUUGUAUAACGAGUAUCCAUUAAACGUUGAUGCUGCCGUUUUGAUGGCUUUAGCCGACAUAUUCAGUAAACUACACAAUAUGACCAAUGCCAUACCAAAGUACCGUCUGCUGUUUUUAUUGUCUGAAUCUGGACAAAUAUUGAAUUUUCAGGGGAUUAAAAAAUGGCUAGAUGAAAACAAUCAGUUGCAAAAUAUCGAAUUCGUAUUAUGUUUGGACACCAUAACUGAAGCUUUUGCUCAGGCGGAAGAAAAUAACACAUUGUUUUUACACGUUUCGAAGCCGCCCAAAGAAAGUACUCCGUUAAGCAAUUUUUUUAAGUAUUUAAAGAUUAUUGGCUUAAAAUAUUAUAACAUUACGAUCGAAGGUGUGCAUAAGAAAAUCAAUUUAGCUGAUAAAGUAUUGGCUUGGGAGCACGAACGUUUUAGCAUUAAACGGUUGCCGGCGUUUACAUUGUCUGCACUUAGCUCUGCCAAAUCUCCCACACGUAACACAAUCUUUAAACGUAAUGAAACUGAUAUACUCCAACAUGCAGCAAUCAACGCCAAAAUAAUAGCUGAAACUUUAUCGACAUAUAUUUAUAGUUCAACUGUUCUGAACGCUACCGAAGGCGAGGUGUAUGAAAUACUAUCAGGAGAGAUGCAAAUAAAUUCCACUUUGAUUAAGACGUACUUAAAUAUGCGCUCGGCUUUGCAUAAUAACGACCUAAAGAAUGGAUUUGAAAAAUAUCUACAAAAUAUUAAGAUCAUUUACGAUAAGCCAGAAGGUCGUGACCCAGACUUCAUGCUAUACGAAGGGCAUAACGCAAAUUUAAAUAUUUAUCGUGUUAAGCCGGCAAUAUUCGAUCUCUUUCUUACUAUUGGCAUAUGUUGUUACUUAACUUCGAUUUAUUUUUCCAUACAAUUAUUUUCCUUAUUGUACACAAUGAUUUGCAAUGCACUGCCUCGCUCAUCUACAAUUGAUUUCAUGAAUAACUCUCAUUCAGAUCGCCACAAAUUUAAGUCCAAUUGAGAUUAGUUGAUUGUUCAUCUUUCCAUUUAUUUCAAAAGUAAAAAUGGGCCAACCGCUGGCUUAAUUACAUUUGCUUGCAAAUCUUAACCUUACCUAAACUUAAAUUUCGUAUUUUCUUUGUAUAAAAUUAUUUUAUUUCAUCCAGCUUUUAUGGUUUGUUAUGUAGAGCAAUUAAAGGUAUACACAUUUACGAAAUACGCGUAUUUGGAUGCCAUCUGCUUGUUCGUUUUAAUCCAUGAAUUAUAUUUAUUGCGAGCUAUAUACCCGAAGAUAGUUGUUGAUAUAUUUUUAGUUAACUUUUUUUUGUUAGAUGUCUUUAAAAAAAAAUAAAGCAAUAUCUUAUGAUUCCUAAUUAGAUUUAUAUGAAACCGAAAAUAAACUCAGUUA